CCCCCUUGUCGAGCCUGCUUACGCUUAGCAAUUUACAGCAUUGGCCAGUCCCCCGGUGGGGUAGGCCGUCGGUCAGGCCUCGAACGCUCGGCUCGCCUGUCUCCAUGGCCCGAGAGAGAGAGAGAGAGAGAGAGAGAGGCUAAUCGGCCAAACCAGCACACUGUCAUGCUACCCCCACAUGUCAGCUGUUGA